AUGUAUGCGGGUGCCCGUCUAGGAGGCGGCGGCUGCGCCGUGCUGCUGGAUGGGGACUGGAAAGCUAUGCCGCCAUCUCGACUCGCUGGCUGCUCAUUGCGUGACUCGCACGUCUCUUUGUCUGUCUGCUGGUCCGCCCGUCUGUCUGUCGUCUCUGCCAGCGUGAACUUCAACGCUGCCGCUGGCCUUUUUAUCCACCUCCUGGCUGCGUCUUCAGCACCGCUGACUAAGCGAAGAGAUGAAAAGGAGACGCCGUUGAAGCGGCUGAACUUGGCUAUUUUUAUAUUCAAAAAAAUAUUCAAAAUGGAGGCAAGGACGAGGAUUGAGAGGCAGACGAUGCUGCUGGUGCAUUGGGUAGAGAAGAAGGGGCGGCGUGAAGGUGUUAUGGUGAAGAAGAUGGGCCCUAUAGAGGUAGUUGGCUACAAAGGUGGACUAUGGCUACGACUGAUAGUUAUUGAUGGCAUAGAAAUAACUAACUAA